AUUUGUCAGGCGUAUAAAUACUGACGAAAGUUUUGACAAAUAUCAUUGUACGACUAGACGUGUCAUUGAAACCACUAAAAUGUUCUCUAAAUUGGUAGCCCUGUGUGCUCUGGUGGCGGCGUCCCAGGCAGGCCUCUUGCCCGCGCCCGCGCACUACUCCUCCGCCGCCGCCGUCUCCUCGCAGAGCAUCGUGCGCCACGACCAGCCGCAGCCUGCCAAACUCGUGGCUGCCGCGCCCAUCUACCACGCCGCGCCUGCCCCAGUCUCUUACAAUGCCGCCCCCGCAGCCGUCACCUACCACGCUGCUCCCGCCCCAAUCGCCUACCAUGCCGCACCAGCCGCCGUCACCUACCACGCUGCUCCCGCCCCAGUAGCCUACCACGCCGCUCCCGUCGCCAAGAUCUUGGCUCAACCCGAGGAAGUCGCGUACCCCAAGUACGAGUACAACUACUCCGUGGCUGACGGACACACUGGCGACAACAAGUCCCAGCAGGAGGUGCGCGACGGAGACGUGGUGAAGGGCUCGUACUCGUUCCACGAGGCCGACGGCUCCAUCAGGACCGUGGAGUACACCGCCGACGACCACAGCGGCUUCAACGCGGUGGUGCACAACAGCGCGCCCACCGCCGCGCCCGUCGCCGUCAAGGCCGCGCCCGUGCUGCUCAAGGCUGCCUACGCCGCGCCCGCUCUCCAAUACUACCACCACUAAAUCUCUAUCGAUACACCCCACGUACUGAUUAGAUGAUUGUUGACUGUUUGUUAAUUUAUUGCAAUAUACGAAUAAGUAUUAAAA